AUGCAUUCAGAUUUGCUUCAAUCUGAUCCAACAGCUCCGGACCCUGUGCAACAGGAUGUGAUGCAGGAGUUCGAGAAGUUGAGGAGGUUCUUGGACUACCGGUUCGCGAGGCAGACCACGUAUCUUCAGGAAGUUAGCCUUCAGCUGCAUCGGGUCGGUCGAAGCAAACCCGGUGUUUUCGACACCAUACCGGAAGAUGAUUUGAGCAGUGUCGUCUCCCAUGACCGCGGCAACGAUGUCGUUGAUCUUGUUCAACCAGAAGCAUCGGCGACGUCUUUAGGAUCCUUCUUGCCCGACAACUUGGAAGCGAAAGGUUUUCCAGAUCGGACGAGACACAACAAACGGAGCACCGACAGUCUGGACAGCAUUGCUACCUUUGUCAGCAGCACCCUCAAAGAGUCUGAAAAGCGGGCCUACAACGUGGCGGAGAAAGUCACGAUUCGCCGGGAGUCUCUCCGCAAGGAGAAAGAAACUUCAUCUUUCUCCAUGAUGGCCGUGCAAUUUGUGGAGUCUGCUCUCUUUACCAACCUGGUUACAGCGGUGAUCGUGAUCAAUCUGAUCAUUCUGGGUGUCGAAGUGGACCAGUCUAAAUUCCUUGGCCAAGACGAGGUACCUGUUAUCUUUCCCAUUAUCAACAUUGUAGUCGUUGUCUUUUUCAUUGCAGAGCUGGGUGUCAAGCUGUUGGCUUUCGGCUUCGCGAGUUUUUUUUGCGGACCGGAGCGGUGGUGGAACUUAUUUGAUUUCUUCAUUAUAUUGGUGUCAGUGUUGGAAACGGUCCUCGAAUAUGUCGCGUUGUCCUCGUCCAGUGCCCAGGUCAACCCGAGCCACCUGCGCUUCGUUCGGACCGUGCGCUUAGCCCGGGCACUUCGCGGCAUCCGUGUGAUGCGGCUGCUCAGGUAUGUCAGUUCUCUGCGAGCACUGAUACUCUCGAUUAUGAGCAGCAUGUACAGCCUGUUCUGGACAUUGGUCUUGUUGCUUCUGCUUUUCUAUUCCUUUGGCGUCUUGUUCACGCAGCUGGUCCUGGAUGAUUGCCGCCUCAAGGAGAUAUUGAGGACCAACGAUCGAAAUGCUCUUCCCGUCUGUGAG